GUUGAGAGAGCAGUUGCACCAUGGUUCCAGCUAGCCCAGAUCGAGAAGGACGACAACUUCCUGUCUGCAGGCCCUGGUGGCGAACGGUUCACGUUCCGCAUCAAGGGGAACGCCGCGUAUGCGGCUAGGAAGGUGUCGCAAGCGAUCGGAGCUCUACGCAAACCCAGCGGUGAUUGGGAGAAGUUCAUCGUGUCCGACGUUCAGAGCCAAUCCGCCGAAUUGUUCAUCAGCACGGACAAGUCGCCGGCCAUGGUCAAGAAGGAGCUGGGCCUCAAGCAGCUUCGGAAGGCCUUUGAAGCUGAGGCCGCAGUCUUCAGUUAUUUCAGUGACAAGCAGAAGGGUGAGAUCAGUGCAAACUGGAAGCCGCUCGCGAAG